AUGUUUAUUAGAAAUUUAAGACGAGCCUUUUUUUCUAAAAUUGAAUUCAUGUAAUAAAUGAAAGCAGAUAUUAAAAGCUUUGAAAGUAGUAAUUAUUUUGAAAAAAUACUGCCAAGAAAAUUUAAUUUGAAUGAUUCAUAAUUUUGUAAAACAGAUGAUGUUUAAACUCUCACAAAUAGCAUCAGCAAUCCAAUAUAUGAUUUAUUAGAUAGAGGAGGUAAAAGAUGGAGACCAGCAUUUUGUUUUUUAAUAGCAGAUUUAUUUAAAAGAAAUCAUUAAGAAUUAUAUGAAGUAGCAUCAUUAGUGGAAUUAAUACAUAAUGCUACUUUAGUAAUUGAUGAUAUUGAAGAUGAUAGUAUUGUGAGAAGAAAUGAUAAAUGUGUUCAUAUUAAGUACGGAUUAGAUGUAGCAGUGAAUGCAGCUAAUUAUGUCUAUUUUGCUCCAUUACAUUAUAUUUUAGAUUCUACAAAUUAUUCUGAUGAGAAAAAAAUGAAAAUUUUAACUGUAUGUUUAAAAAAUAUGAAAAUUGUUCAUUUUGGUUAAGCUUGGGAUAUUGUUUGGCAUAAAUAGAAUAGUGAUAUUAUACCAACAGAAGAAUAAUAUUUUAAAAUGGCAGAAUGUAAGACAGGAGCAUUAGCUUGUAUGGCAGCUUAAUUAUCUUGUAUUGUUUUAGAUUAAGAUGAAAAGAUUGGAUAAGCAUUGGCCAAAUUUGCAAUAUAAAUUGGAGUUGCUUUUUAAAUUCAAGAUGUAUUAUUAUUGAAUUGAAUUGAUAGGAUAUAUUAAAUCUAAGUGGAGGUGAAAAAUAUAAGAAAACUAAAGGAUAUUUAGGAGAAGAUAUUCAUGAAGGGAAAUUCUCUCUUAUUGUUAUUCAUAGUUUAAACAAAUAAAAAGGAAAACUAUUUGAGAUACUUAAAUCUAGAACAAAUGAUUAAGCAUUAAUUAAUGAAGUGAUAAUAAAUAGUAAGGUUUUAGGCUAUUUCUAUUAUUAAAUAAACAGGAAGUUUAGAAUAUGCUCAUUCAAGAUCUCUAGAAAUUAUUGAAGAAGCAUGGAAAGAAGUAGAACUAUUAUAAUUCUAACAUCCUGAAGUUAAAAAUAAAUUAAGAGAUUUUGCUAAAUAUUUAAUAGAAAGAGAUAUUUGA